UCGGUGGCUGUCAGCGCAAGCGGAUCUUUAAUUUCUUUUUGGAACGACCCAGCGGCAGCAUGACACGGGCGCUAUGAUACGCCUGCGGUUCGGGACUACCAUCUUACAAGUUCGAAGAUCGGCGGCCUGCAUCGGUGCCGCCUGUGUCCUCGUGUGCUUCGGAGCCGUCUACAUCUACUUCAGCAGGCUCCUACCGAGCUCUACUGGCAUGGCAGGAUGGCCUCCAGGCAAGGUGGACAUGGCCGCCCUGGAGCAGAGGCUUCAGCGGCUGGAGAAAGAGCUUCGCAACAACCACGUAAUGCUGAACCCAGAUCCGGGACACAGUUCGCAAUUUCCUCACUGGUGGCCCUGGUCUGGGCUGGAAGGGCGUCCCCAAGGCCCACCAGCACUGCAGAAUCUCCCUCCUGCCAGUAUCGACUACAAUGUGUAUGACCUAUAUGAGAAGAUAGCAUUCGACAACCCAGAUGGCGGGGUGUGGAAACAAGGUUGGAAACUUGAGUAUGAGGAGUCAAUGUGGACGAAAGACCGGAAACUUAGGGUGUUUGUAGUCCCUCAUUCCACAAAUCCAGGCUGGCUUAAGACAUUUGAUAAGUAUUACCUGGACCAAACGCGACACAUAUUGGACAAUAUGGCCACUAAGCUCGGUGUGGACAAACGGCGGCGUUUCAUCUGGGCCGAGACUUCCUACCUCUCUCACUGGUUUGACCAACAAAGUGAGGACAUCAAGUCCAAAGUGCGGGGUUAUGUGCAGUCUGGCCAACUGGAGAUCGUUACGGGUGGCUGGGUGAUGAAUGACGAAGCCAACACGCACGUGUUUGCAAUGCUGGAACAGAUGGUUGAGGGACAUCAAUGGGUGGAGCGAAACCUAGGUAAAGUACCAUGCAGGGAAGAUGUAAUGUGUACAGUCAUGGACACUCCAUGUUUGAAAUUGUGUGGGACACAGAAAUGCCUUCAUAAGACAACUGCUGAAGCAACGGUGCGGCCCAGAAAUGGUUGGGCAAUUGAUCCUUUGGCCUUCUUCCACAAUGCCAUACCUUCUCAAGCGAAUGGGUUUCACCAACAUGGUGGUGCAGAGAGUCCACUACUCGAUCAGAACAAGACAACCGACAUCCUGUGCCACAUGAUGCCAUUCUACAGCUACGAUGUGCCACAUACGUGUGGACCUGACCCCAAGAUCUGCUGCCAGUUCGACUUCAAACGACUUCCGGGCAAUAAGAUCAACUGUCCCUGGAAAGUGCCCCCUGUGGCCAUCACUGACCACAAUGUUGCUGAUCGAGCGAUGCUCCUCCUGGACCAGUAUCGCAAGAAGUCGCUACUCUUCCGCACGCACGUCGUGCUGGUGCCACUCGGAGAUGAUUUCAGGUUCGAUAAAUCUUCAGAGUGGGACAACCAGUUCAACAACUACCAGAAGCUCUUUGACUACAUCAACGCCAAUGAACGUCUGCAUGCUGAGGUACAGUUUGGCACCCUUGAAGACUACUUCGUAGCACUUCGUGCCGAGAGCACAGUGGACAGCAGCAACAUGCCGAUAGGGUUUCCAUCGCUGAGCGGAGAUUUCUUCACCUAUGCUGACCGUGAUGACAACUACUGGAGUGGAUACUACACGUCUCGACCAUUUUACAAGAACAUGGACCGUACUGUAGAGGCACACCUUAGGGGCGCCGAGAUCAUGUUCUCUCUUGUAUGGGCACGCAUGGGUUACAUUUUCAAUGACUACAUGCCACUGGUUAACAGCAUGAUGAAUGGCCUAGUCACUGCACGCCAGAACCUAGGCCUUUUCCAACACCAUGAUGGCAUCACUGGCACUGCCAAGAACCCUGUCGUUAUCGACUAUGGAGUGAGGUUAUUCAAAUCUCUGCAGCACCUAAGAGAGAUUAUCACCAAGGGUGCACUGUAUAUGCUUCUCAAUGCGCCUUCUCAAGGUGGUAUUGAAGAUGACCUCUUUGUUCUCCAGAUGGAUGACGUUCGGGACACUUAUGAUGGAAUGCCGCGCAAGCAGCUUCUCACAUUUACUAGGGAAGGGCGAAUUAGAUACGUUGUAUUUUAUAACUCCCUGACUGUGCCAAGAAGCGAAAUAGUCAAUCUACAGGUCUCCACUGCAUCCAUUGUGGUGAUCGAUGCCAAUGGAAGCGUCGUUCCGAGCCAGCUCUCUCCUGUUUGGAACAAAGAGGAGCUCAUCAGAGGCACAUUUGAGCUGUCCUUUCAGGUUGAUGUCCCACCUCUUGGCUUGCCACUACGAAUGAAGAAAGCCACGCUUUGUGUCUACUUCACCCCCGCAGCUGAUAUAUAUUUCCCAAUCGCGCUCAGAUUCAAGGGAAGAUUUUCGUAUACAGACCCAUAUCUAGCAGCCACAUUUUCGCCCACCACAGGAAUGCUGAAGCAUGUUCUAGUGAAAGACCAGAACGUGAGCCUAGACAUUGAGUCUUUGUUUGUCAAGUAUGGUACUCGCCCCAAGAACAAGGAUCGCAGUGGAGCCUACCUCUUCCUUCCUGAUGAGAAGGCCAGG